AGGUAUGAGAAAUAAAAAUAAAAAAUAAAUUAUAGGUUUUUAAUUGAUUGACAACGGUGCACAAAUGACGCAUACAUAGUAUUAAUAAUUCGGUUGUCUGGUGUGGAGCAGUGGUUGGCUGCAGUAACUAGUGAGGCGUCGUCCAGAGUACUAUGUGGGGGUCAGACUAUCUGCAGAGUUUUCUAUGAAAAUUAGUGUGUUGCCUUAAUCCAUUUCACAUGAACAUUGAACGUGCAGCAGUGUACAACUCAAAUAAACAGCGAUAAGUCAACACAACUAUUCCUAACGCUCUUGUCUUCGUCUUUUACGUAAUGUUUUAUAAAAUAUAAAAACUAAAGAUAGAAUUUUAUAACAAUUUAUACUAUUUUUUUUUUUUUUUAUAGAAAACGAGGAUAACACAAUUUUCUUUUAAGUUUUAUAUGGGUAUUGCAUGAAUACAAUUCACGACGAUUUCAUUAUAAGUGUUGAGCGCGGAAAUAGUAAACUUGUCAACAGCCGACUGAAAUAAUAAUUGUCAUAUUAUUCCUUGCUUUCCAACAGUAUAUUGAUAAUAUAACGAUGGAUAUUCAAAAUAUGAAGAAUCAUAUUUUCAACAUUAAGUUGGCAAGACUCACAGGAUUGUAUCAGAUGUUGGAUCCUGACACCAUAAAAUGUCGGGGUCGAAAUAUCUAUCAUGUGGUUAUGUCGUGCGUUUUGCUAUACAUGUGUCUCAUCUCGAUGAUUUUGAUGAUCAGUGGAGUGUACUACUGGACGGUUAAUAUACCUAUAAGUAUUGAUUAUUUUUGGAAAUCUGUAAGCACGUUUUACACAAUCUACAAGACGUCGAUCAUCAUACGCCACUCAAACGACAUAUGGAAUUGUUUGUCGAUUACGCGGCUCGAUUUUACAACGUUCAGCAACCGGAACAGGCAAGUACUGGAUCGUUGGCGAGAACGAUUAUCGUGGUUAACGACCAUUUAUGCAAUCAUCUAUACCAUGUCGGUGGUCAGUUAUUUGGUAUUUACCUUGGUAUUCAAUGAAGGUAAAACACCAGUCAAAAACCACGACGGUUCGAUUGGUUAUUACCGCCAGAAUGUCAUGAAUUUCUAUUUAAUGGUGUCUGACGAAACGUAUAACGCACACUAUUAUAAGUUUUACUUCAUCGAGGCAUUAUUCGCUGCCUUUAUGGGAUUUUUUUUCUUUAUAUUCGAUUUUCUACUGGUUACACUGUGCUUUAGUAUGUGCUGUCAGAUGCGAAUCGUGUGCUCUGCGUUCGAAUCGGUCGGUCACAAAUCAGUUCGUGAUCCUCAAUCCCCAAUUGAUUACACGAAUGGAAAUACCAAGAUAACACUAAUGAACACGAUUUGAUAUGGGAUGAAUUAAGAACAAUUAUAAUGGAUCAUCAAGCAAUAAUGGAGAAAUAUAAGGAUUUUUUAUCUCUAUUUAGACGAGUGAUGUUGGCACACAUUUUCAUUUCGUCAUUAUCGGUCAUAGCGCUUUGGUUUACUUUCAUAAUGGUAAAAUUUACGCAAUACUUAGGUUACAAUAAUAUUGUUCUAUUAAUUUAAUAUGAUUUAUUGAACGUGUACCUAUAAUUAUUUAGAUGAAUGCUAUCAUAAUUGAUGUCUUAUGAUAUUUUUUAACAAUUUUAGCAAUUAUAGCUCUUCCACUGUAUGGUUUACAAGUUAUCAUACAGACAACAGUUAUUAGUUAAUGCUGUCAUGCAUAUUUUUAUUAUAAAUCUUAACUCAAAAUGAUAAAUGCACUUGUAUUACACGAGUAGUAGCACAGUACUACUCUGCGAAAAAAAAACCAAUCUUGCUGUAAAAUCAUACUUUUACAAUGGUAAUAUUGCCCACGCUUAGUGGAUAACACCUAUACUAUGUAGAAAAAAACUAUGUUUAAUCAUCCUUUUUGAUAAUGUUAAUACAAUAUUAAAUUAGGUUAGUAUUACAAAUUAGCGUUUCAAAUUAUCCACCGGCCAUUUUCAUAUAAAAUGUGUAUAAUAUAAAUUCGUUCAUGUACAGGUUUGCACAGUGUUUGUUAACUAAUAGUUAGGAAGUGAUAACUUAUUUGGAGUAAAAUGAUUUCAGAGUUUCUCCAACAAUGAUAGAUUUAAGACUUCAGAACUUAUAGUAAGAAAAAUGUUUUGCGCAAUUCCUACAAUAUUGUUUCAAAUAUUUAUGGUGUGUUAUAUGUUUGGAAAAUUACACGAACAAAAAGAUUCAAUAAUAUUCGCAUUGUACAGCAGUAAUUGGACCGAAAUGGAUAUGAAAUGUAAAAAAUUGUUAUUAUUGACAAUGAAAUUGAAUAAUGCUAACCAAAAAAAAUUAAAAUUUACUAGAACGAGAAUUGUAAACAUGGAAAUGUUUUUUAAAGUAAGUACUUAUAUAGUAAUUAUUUAAUAAGAAUUAUAAAAUUUUAAUCGAAGGCAUUUAUGGAACUAUUGUAUUCUGCAAACAUAAUCCCUAAAUUAUUAAUUUAAGAUUGUUUUAAUUUUAAAUAAAAUAAAAUAU